GAUAAUCCGUUUGAUAAAAAGAACGCUCUAUUACAGGCAUUGAUGGGAAUAAAUCUGUUUUCCCAACACUGUCCAGAUGGUGGCGGUAAUGCAUGUAAGCUGAUGGUCAACCCGGAGUUAGCAUAUGAAGAAGAAGAGGAGAAACCGAGCACACACUACGUUUAUGUGUAACUGUUGUGUACUUUAUCGUGUACUUUUUGUUUUUAUCUUGUUCAGUUCACACGUAUCAAUCACACAUUAAUGCUAAAUGAAAACGUUUAGAUAUGUCUUUCGUUUAAUUGAUCUCAUUGUAUGUAUGUUUUAUGACGCUGCUUGUCCUGCUCUCCAAUGAAUCGAAAGUUGUUUUUCGUGUCUAGUGUAAAUUUCAUUCUUUGUUUACUUUAUUGUAAAGCAAAAUAAGGAAUGAUUAUUUAGAGUAUUGAUAUUUGUUUUACAGUUUAGACCUCCGUGUAUUGUGUCUUUGAAUCAGUCCCCUUUGCCUCCCACUAAUGUGUUACUAUUUUAAAGCUUCUCUUUGUGCUGAAACCAACGACAAGAGCAGGACCGGUAUAUUUCAGAAGUCUUUUAAAUAGCAGAAAUCGAAGAUGUGAUAAAGAUGAGUUACCCUGCAAUACGCAGCCCUAUGUACUUCACUAAAGCCAAAGAGGAGGAAAAGCUUUGGAUAGAGGGAAAGAAAAAAGAAAAAAAGAAAGUCCUUACUGGACAGGAGGCCAAAGACUUUUACCAAAGCCUGCUACAAGAGAGCUGUGAAGGAAGACCAAGAGAGGCAUGUGAUGUGACGACAAGGAGAGUGAAAAGAGGAGGGCAAAAUCCAAGAAGAGGAGCGGGACGAAGAUCAGAAAGUGGUCGUGUCCAAACGGCACUUAGUGGCACUUCAGAGCGCAAUGGCCACAAACUUCUACAAUACGCCCAGGAGGGCAAUAUUCAGGGCCUAAGGGACCUUCUGCAACAUGGCUGUGACGUCAACUUCCGUGAUGAUUUUUUCUGGACAGGCGUGAUGUGUGCAGGUCAGGCAGGGAAGACAGAGGCUGUACGGCUGCUGCUGCACGACGGAGCUGCGUGGGUGGGCGUAGUGGACAAACAGGGAAGGGAUGCAAGGGAUUUGGCCGUGCAGGCAGGUCACCAUGACGUGGUGAGAGAGCUGGAGCAGUUUGGAGUGUCAGAGAGUGCACCCACUUCAAUUGGAACAAACAGUGUUCAUUCUCAGUGGUGUAGUGUAUGUGCUAUGCAUUACACCGACAGCACUCAAACACACAACAGGUCCACGCUGCACCAAUUCAGUGAGCUCCGCCCCCCAUCCACCCCGCAAUACUGCCUGCCCUCUACCAGCAACAGUUUUAAAAUGAUGCUCCGCUUGGGAUGGGACCCCUCUUCCGGUCUUGGACCCUCUCACUCUGGCCGCAAAAAUCCAGUCAGCACAGUACUUAAGAGGGACCAAACUGGCUUCGGGUACGGAAGGACCCCACAGCCUAAAGUCACUCAUUUUCAGGCUAGAGAUCCUCACGCAGUGCAACAUAAACCUAAAGAAAAAAGAAUAAGACAGGAGAGAGGAUCAAAGCUCAACGUUAAAGAACUAAAGAGAAAAGAGGAGAGAGACAAAAUAUGGGAAAGAGAUUUCCGCUCUUCAUUUAAUUUUGACCUCUGAGACCCUAAACAUUAUACUGGGAAGUAGCUGCUGAAUGGUUUCAACCAUUAAGAUUGUAUAGUAGGAAUUUGUUUGAUUUCCAAGGUGCUAUUUUCUUUUCAGCUAACAAGAUAAUGAUUCAGUACAUCUCAGAAAUGAAAACAAAUAAAAUGUUGUAAUUUUCUGUAUUUUACAUGCGCUAAAAUGCACUGACUUAGUGGCCAAAAAAGAUCUUCAGUUGGCAGAUUUGUACAAUAUUUGAAAGUAUUAGAUACAAUUAUUUGGAAAAAAUUAACCUGUCUGUGUGGUCUUCAUGGGUGCUGUUUUUAUUCGACAAAAUUCAAAAACUUUAUUCCGGUAUAAUCUGGUGUAGUUUAUUUAUUUGUGUGUAUGUGGGCCCUCAUCUCACAAAUUAAUUUUUGUCUGUUAGUCCUCUGAAAGGAAGUUGGAGGAAUGCACAGUUAUAUGACAGUAUGUAUCAUAUUCAUGUGCCUCUGUUUUUACUUCCCUGCCUUUCAAUAAAAUGCUUAAUAUCUGUGUUUCUUUAAAACAAGAAUCUGCC